GGGUGGGAAGAAGCAGAAAGAGGGUUAUAUAAAGGCGGAAGAGUCGGCGAACUCCUGCAGUCUUCGGCCGGGAGUUUGUCGCCCGUCGCCCCCUUCUUCUCCCCGGCUGAGCAGAGAGACGGACGCGCAUUUCUUUCGAGCGGAAUCCCGAGGAUCCGAUCCCCUUUCUUGGCAGAGGUCUAUAGAAUACUGCAGAAGUGUUCCCUUGGAAGAGGAUUGUUUGCACGCCUCUUAUUUCCACCACGCAGAAAAUGGCUAAGAAUCCUAUCAUGCCUUGGCUCAUCAUACCAUCCCUCCUCCUCUUCCUGACUCAUGGCAUCCACUGUUUCUUCUUGCCCAAUGCCACCCACUUGGAAAACAUCCUUAGUCAAUACCAAGAUGGGCAACCGCACUCAAGGGCCAAGAGAUCAAUUUCCCAAACUGACCAAGAUGAAAUCCUGAUGCUUCACAAUAAAUUGAGAGGGGAAGUCUACCCUUCAGCAUCCAACAUGGAAUACAUGAAAUGGGAUGAAGAGCUGGAGAGAUCUGCUGAAUCUUGGGCUCACCAAUGCAUCUGGGACCAUGGGCCGGUCAGUCUUCUCCCAUCCAUCGGCCAGAACUUGGCUGUUCACUGGGGAAGGUAUCGUUCCCCAAGUUUUCACGUCCAGUCUUGGUACGACGAAGUAAAAUAUUACACCUACCCAUAUCCCCAGGAAUGCAACCCUUGGUGUCCCGACCGAUGUUCAGGACCCAUGUGCACACAUUACACACAGGUGGUCUGGGCACCACCAACAAAAUCGGGCUGUGCCAUUACGUCUGCAAGAGGAUGGACCGUUGGUGGAGAAGUGUGGGAGAAUGCGGUGUACCUGGUCUGCAACUAUUCCUCCAAAGGCAACUGGAUUGGAGAAGCCCCGUAUAAAAAUGGCAGAUCCUGUUCUGAAUGCCCACCUAGCUAUGGAGGAGGGUGUAAGGCUAACCUCUGUUAUAAAGAGAAAGUAUCCGGAAAGUCUGAGGCCGAUCGGGCUAACGAAGUGGAGUUACAAAAGGUUCCGAAUCGAAUACAGCCCAAAACUGUAAAACCUACCAAGGAAAAGAAACCCACUGAGUUGACCUACAUGACUCAAGUGAUCAAGUGUGACACCAAAAUGAGGGACACGUGUCGAGGAACCACGUGUAACAGGUAUUUGUGCCCAGCUGGUUGCUUGAACAGUAAGGCAAAAGUAUUUGGAUUCCCCAAAUAUGAAAGUGCAUCCAGCAUAUGUCGAGCAGCUAUUCAUUCUGGAGCAUUAGAUAACAGAGGAGGCCUAGUAGAUAUUACUAGAAAAGGAAGAUCAGAUUUCUUCAUCAUGUCUAUAAGAAAUGGAGUUCAAACACUCAGGUAA